CCGGAUCCAAAUCGUGAGUUCCUCGUAUGAAGCAGAAGAAAUAAAAAAAGAAAUGUACAGACACCGUGAGAGGGCCAUUUACGAACGGCAUCGAUUUAUUAUCUCCUUCUCAUCCUCCGUUCACUGCGGCUUGAGAUCCAUUCUGCCACCGCCGAUCCCACCUUCCCACGCCCAAGCGGACGGCAGUUCCCGCUUCCAAAUCGGACAAGCGCCGUUCCUUCGCUCACUCUGGUAAAAGUUGCGACACAAGAAGCCAAUGGCAUCUGGUGAAGGUGAUACUCUGGGAACUAUGGAAAAUUGUGUAGAAGAUUCUUCAAUACCGGAGUCGCAAUUGUCUGAUGAGCACCAUCAUCAUCAUAAACAUGGUAGCAACAGAGAUCUUCAGAUGGAAAAUGGUAUAUUCGACGGCGAUCAAGGUCCAGCUGAUAGUUAUGAUCAGCUUCUAGAAAUGGUUGCUGACCUCAGAUUUCAGAAUGAAUUCUUGAAGUCCCAGUUUGAUGGAUUUCGCAAUGUAAACCAUGUACAUAGUGACUCUAGUCUGCAGAAAGGAGUUGGUGGUCCAGAAGGUGGGGAAUCUGACAAUGUGAAAGAACUUCAGAAAAGGAUACAAGCACUAGAUAAAGAACUUCUGGUAGAAAAACAAACAAGACUUGCAUCUGAAGAGGCUUUGAAGCACCUUCAAACGGUAUACUCAGAGGCAGAAGCAAAGGCCAGGGAGCUGUCUGAAAAGCUCGCAGAAGCUCAAUCAAAACUGGAGCAAGAAAUAAAAGAUCGUGAAGAGAAGUACUCUGAACUUGACUCAAAGUUUAACAGGCUUCAUAAACGAGCAAAGCAGCGUAUUCAAGAUGUUCAAAAGGAAAAAGAUGAUCUUGAGGCUCGAUUCAAUGAGGUGACUGAAACUGCUGAGAAAGCAACAUCCCAACGGUCAGCAUUACAACAAGAGCUAGAACGCACGAGGAAGCAAGCAAAUGAUGCAUUGAAAGGAAUGGAUGCUGAUAGGCAACAUCUAAGAGGUGAAAACAACAGACUUCGAGAUACUAUUGAGGAUUUACGGCGUUCUUUGCAACCUAAAGAGAGUGCCAUUGAGUCAUUGCAACAAUCUCUUGCAGAAAAAGAACAGCAAAUCAACCAAUAAUCGUUUAUAUAGGCUGCUGAUGAAAAAAAACAAGCUGCACUAGUGGAGCUCUCAGCUAAACAUCAAAAGAAUAUAGAAAGUUUGGAGGCUCAACUUAAUGAUGCAUUGUCCGAUAGAAGCAAGGCAACUGAAUCCAUUUCUUCACUGCAGGUUCUAGUUGCAGAGAAAGAGUCUAAAAUUGCAGAGAUGGAGGCAGCCUCAUCUGGGGAGGCAGCACGACUUAGAGCAUCUCUGGAAAGUAUGAAGGGGGAGCUUUCUCACCUAAAACAAGAGCAUGAAAAAGCAAGAGCAAGCUGGGAGACUGCAUCUCAGGCACUCAAAAUGAAACUUGAAACUGCUGAAAGCAACUGCAUACGUGCAGAAGUUGAAGUAGCAAAAAUAAGAAGUCAGCUGGAAUCGGAGGUCUCUGCUCAGACCAGGAUUCUCAGUAUGAGAGAUGCUGAACUUUUGGCUGCCAAGGAAGAGAUAUGCAGUCUUGAGAGGGAAUUUUCUUCAUACAAAGUUCGAGCACAUGCACUUCUUCAAAAGAAGGAUGCAGAACUGGCUGCAGCUAAAGACUCUGAACAACUCAAAGCUCUUGAGGAAGCCCUAAAGGAGGCUGAAAAUGAAGUAUUAUCGGUAACAGAAGAAAAGGAUAAAGUUAUUCAAGAUCUUCAGUCUGCUAUGGCUAAUCAUGAGAGAGAGCUUGUAGAAAGAGAGACGGCCCUUGAAAAUGCCAAGCAACUAAUAAGGAGCUUAGAAACAAAGCUUGACUCAGCUAAUGCUCAGCACCUUAAGGAGAAAGAAGAAUGGGGACUAAGCCUUAAAAAUGUAGAAGAAACGUGGCGAAUCAAAUGUGACUCAAUGAAGGCUGAAAACGAAGCAACUGCUGCACAAGAUAUGCAAAAGGAGUUGCAAGAGCUCAAACUGCAAUAUAAAAAAUUGAAGGAUGAACAUGCUUCAUUUCAUGAUAUUGCUGAUAAAAUGAUUGAGGAGAAGGAUAAUGAAAUAUCUAGACUUUCAGAUGAUAAUAGGAAUCUUCGUCAAUCUCUUCAAUCAAGACCACAGGUUGACCACAGUGACAAUGAUAAUUAUAACACAGGCUCGCAUAAAGUGGAUUCAAUGAAUUUAAGUCCCUCUGCUGCAGAACAGCAAAUUCUGCUCCUAGCUAGACAACAAGCUCAAAGAGAAGAAGAACUAGCACGAUCACAGCGCCAUAUCUUAGCUCUUCAAGAAGAAAUUGAGGAGCUUGAACGAGAGAAUCGUCUCCACAGCCAACAGGAAGCAAUACUAAAGGCUGAGCUUCGUGACAUGGAUAGAUCAAAGAAAAGGGAAGGCGUAGAUAUGACAUAUUUGAAAAAUGUUAUCUUAAAGCUUCUUGAGACAGGUGAAGUGGAGGUAUUGCUACCAGUUAUUGGGAUGCUUCUCCAGUUUAGUCCACAAGAGAUGCAGAAGUGUCAACAGGCAUAUCAAAACUCAGCAGAUGCAUCACCAAAUCCUACGAAUGAUGCCUCAGGAUCUGGCCUCUCUCUUUUCUCAAGAUUCUCAUUUACAUAAUGAUGUAAAUAGGAGCACCGGAGAAUUCUCUUGUUGCUGUGAGACCAUAUGCUUCUGCCAAAACAGCUCCAGAAGUAUUGUUUGUGUACUCACUUUUACUGGGAAACCAGGUUUGUAUCUGUAAAUUAGAUAUAUCUUUCGUUGAUUGCAUUGUUCAAUGGAAGUGUUCCGAAGCUGUAAAGAAACACCAAAGGGUUAUACCAUACAACAAAUAUUAUAACACGGAGGAAGGGAGAAAACUCGAGAGAUAUUCAGUUUGAUUAUCUGGCUGGGGAACAAUAGAAUAGUUCAUUUUUUACCCUUGAUUAUAUUGAGCUGAAAGGUAUUGCUAGAGAGAACUGUAUCAUAUGUCUUCAUUCUGAAUUAUGAAAUUUGAAUUUGACAAUGCUAGAGGAGUGAGAAUUCCCUUUUUGAGUUCACAUUUUUGUAAGUCAUGAUGAUAUAUCUAAAGGAAAUUUUAGUGUUCGAGUUUUCAUUAA